AUGUGCAGGCGACAACCUGGUAUUGCUAUCGGUCGAAUGUGUGAGAAAUGCGAUGGUAAAUGCCCAAUAUGCGAUUCAUACGUUAGACCCAUGACUAUCGUAAGGAUCUGCGAUGAAUGUUCAUUCGGCACAGCAGCUGGAAAAUGUAUCAUCUGUUCAUCACCUGCAAUUUCAGACGCAUAUUAUUGUACCGAAUGUACGAGAUUAGAGAAAGAUAGAGAUGGUUGUCCUAGAAUCAUCAAUAUGGGCGCAAGUAGAGUAGAUGCAUUUUACGAAAGGAAGAAAUUGGGCUUGGAAAAAGGUGGUGGUUUCAAAAAGGGAUAA